AUGUGGCACAGGAGGUAAUCUGCCAGAGGCAUAGGAGAGAAACACAAGGAACACUAGAGGACAAUGCCAGGGGCACAGGAGUGAAACAUGAAGAACACUGGAGGGAAAUGUGAAGAACACUGGAGGAAACCGCCAGGGGCACAGGAGGGAAGCCACCAUACGGGGCACAGGAGGGAAGCCACCAUACGGGGCACAGGAGGGAAACCUGCCUGGGGCACAGGAGGGAAACCACCAUAUGGGGCACUGGAGGGAAACCACCAUAUGGGGCACUGGAGGGUACUGCCAGGGGCACAGGAGGGAAACCACCAAGGAGUGCACAAGGGAAACCACCAAGGGGCGCAGGAGGGAAACCAUCAGGGGCACAAGACUGAUAGAAGAGGCCACAGCAAUAGGAUGGGAAGGGAAACAAGAGGCCACAAGAAGGGUAUAGAGGGGCCACAGAUAAAGAAGGUUCACAAAAAAAAGGUCACAUGAGGGGUACAGGGGCAUGUGGACAGACAGACAUAGAAAGGAGACAUGGGGGGCCACAGAGAUAGAGAGGCACAGAGAGUAUGUUGGUGGGGUACAUGGGGCAACAGUGAUAGGAGGGGCACAGGGGUUACGUGAGCGUCCGCAGUUUCCCCCAUCGCUCAGAAAUUAUGAACGUUUAUGGCGAACUUGUUAUUUCCAGGAAGAGGCGACGCCCAAGGGUCAAACAGCAGAAGAUCCGGAAUAAUCAUCAAAACGCGGAGUCACUGGACAGCGCCAUAGAUGAAGGGUCAGAAGCCACCGCAGUCAUGUGACCACAGUACCAGGCAGGACGCAUCACUUUCACCUUCCAUAGUUUCUGUCGCCAUCGCUGUUUUUUUCUGGUGAUUCUCUUUUCGCUUUCGCCUUGUUUUUUUUUCCAAUUGCUUUUUCUUUCCCGUCACCAUUUUAUCCUUUUUGCCGCUGUUCCCGGUUCUCCCCACAGUAAUUUCCUAUUUUCAUCUUUUUAUCAUUUGUUGCCAUUUUUGCCGAUUCUUCUUCCUCUCACUUUCGCCUUUUUGUAACUUUACGCCAUUUCUGCCCGCAGUGAUUUUAUUUUCACUUUCAUAUUAUAUUUUUUCGCUCAUCACUUCUUUUUCUUCCUCCCAAUAAUUUUAUUUUCAGGGUAUGAUUUUCUGUUCUUGUCUUUGGUUUUGUCCCUGGGGAUUUUCUUAUAGUUUUCGCCUUAUUAUAAUUUUUCCCUUUUUUGAAGGAAUGCUGCGUUGCGUCUUCCACAUCUGACAUCAAUCUGAACAGUGACAUAAACCGCAGGAUUCCAGGUCAGCGGAUUUGUUGGUGAAAUUCCUCUUAAAGGGCCAGCAGGGCAGAUGAUGGGACUUGUGGUCGGUGUCCCGCGUGCUGUGGGUGCGCCCGGCCGGGUGUGUCGGGGGCGGGGCCUCACCCUGUCACCUGGAGUUGUUGUCCCGGGCGGGUCACACUGUGCCGGGCAUCCCUGGUGACAUGACGGGCGACGCUGAGCGAUGAGGAGGCAGGAGGGUGAUACGGGUCCUGGUGGCCCGCAGGGUAGUUGCCCGGUCCCUGGAGGUCCGCAGAACAAUUGCCCGGUCCCUGGAGGUCCGCAGAGCAGUGGCCCGGUCCCUGGAGGUCCGCAGAGCAGUUGCCCGGUCCCUGGAGGUCCGCAGAGCAGUUGCCCGGUCCCUGGAGGUCCGCAGAGCAGUUGCCCGGUCCCUGGAGGUCCGCAGAGCAGUGGCCCGGUCCAUGGAGGUCCGCAGAGCAGUGGCCCGGUCCCCAGUGGCCCGGUCCAGGCUGGCUUUCCGCUUCCCGGGGACCCGCUGCUGUUGCUCGGGUUGUUGCGGCCGGUGUGCCGGGUGUUGCUGCUCCUGUUACCCGUCUAUGUGUGCGGGCGGCUCGGGCUCAGUCUUUCCUGGGUUCUCUUUGGACUUUUUCUUUGGAUUUUCUGGAACCGGAACAAGAAGUCCAAGUUGGCCCGACUACGGGCGGCCUGGGAGCUGCUGGACAACGAGAGCCAAGGGGUGACCCGCGGGCUGAACACCCACCAGCUGCCCGCCUGGGUUAAUUUUCCAGAUGUUGAACGAGUCGAAUGGAUCAACAAGGUUGUGCGGCAGAUGUGGCCUUAUAUUGGUACAUAUAUGGAGAAACUCUUCCAAGAAAAGAUUGAGCCUCUGGUCAGAGCGUCUAAUAGUCACCUGAACGCCUUCACCUUCACCAAGGUUCACUUUGGAGAGAAGUCUCCGAUGAUCAACGGGGUGAAGGCCUACAUCAAGAAGGUGGACAAGAGGGAGGUCAUCCUGGACUUACAGCUCUGCUACAUUGGAGACUGUGAGAUCAACGUGGAGGUGAAGAAGUUGUGUAAAGCCGGAGUAAAGGGCAUACAGGUACACGGGACGCUGCGGGUGAUCCUGGGGCCUCUUCUCCCAGAUGUGCCCUUUGUUGGAGCUGUCACCAUGUUCUUCAUUCACAAGCCGCACCUGGAAAUUAACUGGACCGGUUUAACCAACAUCCUGGAGAUCCCGGGGGUCAGCGACCUGUCGGAUGGGAUGAUAGUCGACCUCAUUGCGUCGUAUCUGGUUCUGCCCAACAGAUUCACUAUCCCUUUAAGCGCCUUAGUGAAUGCUGCCCAGCUCCGAUUCCCCGUGCCGCAGGGCAUAUUAAGAGUUUAUCUCAUUGAGGCUGAAAACUUGAUCCCGAAGGACACUUAUCUGAGGGGCAUCAUAAAAGGCAAAUCUGACCCAUACUCUGUCAUGAGGGUUGGAAACCAGACCUUCAAGAGCCGGACCAUCAAGGGUACUCUUAAUCCUCACUGGAAUGAGAUGUAUGAGUUUGUCAUUCACGAGGUUCCCGGGCAGGACCUGGAACUCGAUCUUUAUGAUGAGGAUCCGGACAAGGACGAUUUUUUGGGAAGUUUGGUCAUCGGUCUGGAGGGUGUCAUGAAGGAUCGGAUCGUGGAUGAGUGGUUCCCGCUCAGCGAUGUGGUCAGUGGGACGGUUCACUUGAAGCUCGAGUGGUUAUCGCUGCUGGCUGCUCAGGAUAAGCUGCAGGAGGCCAAUAAUGGUUCGUCCACCGCCAUGGUCAUAGUAUAUUUGGACAGCGCCGGUUGUCUGCCGAAAAACCAUUUUGAAUAUUCAAACAACGAGUACGCGGCCCGGAAGCAAAGAUAUAUCCCGAGGGGCGAUAGGGAGCCGUGCUCGUACGUCAUCAUGUGUGUGGGGAAGAAGUCGGUGAAGAGUAAGACUUGCUCCAACACCAAGGACCCCGUGUGGGAACAGGCCUUCGCCUUCUUCAUACAGGACGUACACAUGCAGCAUCUACAUGUGGAGGUGAAGGAUGAUGACAGGCAGUGCGCCCUCGGUAUGCUGGACAUCCCUCUGCAUCGCCUCCUGUCCAGUGACAACCUGACCGUGGACCAGAAGUUCCCUCUCAAUAACUCGGGGCCCAGCAGCUAUAUCAAGAUGAAGAUAGUUCUCCGGGUCCUGCACAUUGAGGAUCCUGACCCGGACACGGUCUACGCUGGAGUUAACUCCUUAAAGCAUGGACCGGUCUCCAUUAGACGGAUGCAACAAGAGAAAUCCCAUGGAAACCAACGCAAGCCCAGCGACAGUCAGCAGAGCCAGAUCCACUACGUCCCGCACAACGCGGUGGUCCGGAAGGAGAGCAUGAACAGUAUGAGCCAACAAGUCAGCCAUGUGGGAUCUGAGCAGAUAUCAACAGCUGGUCUGGGACAAUCCGGUAACACCUCCGCUCCUCGCACCCCCAACCUAAGAAACCUGCACAAAAUGGCGCCCAGCCUUAUGUCGCUUAACUCCAUGGCCUCCUCGGUGUUUGACCUCAGUGAGGACCCCAGUGGACCUGGUUUGGUGACUGGAGAGGUCAACAUCUCUGUCCGAUACGCCACGCUGCGCCGCUCCCUCAUUGUGUCCAUCAAUGGCUGCAGGAACCUGAUCCAGUGCUCAAAUCACGGAGCUGAUCCCUAUGUGCGCAUGUACCUGCUCCCUGACCGGAGGUGGGCCAGCCGCAAGAAGACAACGGUGAAGAAGAAGACCCUCAACCCCAUCUACAAUGAGAAGUUUGAGUUUCUGGUUUCCCUUGAAGACGCCAAGAAGCGGACGCUGGACAUCGCAGUGAAGAACAAUCGGCCGUUUGGAUCCAACGAAAGGAAGGAGAUGGGGAAGGCGCUGGUGGAUCUGUCCCAGGAAGACGUUGACCAGGGAUUCACCACUUGGUUUGAGCUGACGGCGUCCGGUCACCCGAGCUCCUGAAUCCCCCCCCCCUCCCCCUCGGCCGCCAUGUUAUCUGCCUGUAAAUAAAUAUGUACAUAUGUAAAAUAUCACUGCAGAUUUUAUUCCUGUGGGGGCGGGGCUGUAUUAAUGUAAAGUAUAUUGUAUAUAAAAUAUGCCAGGACCCGCCCCCCUCCGCCAUAUUGUGCCCACAUACCGCUCCACUUUUGCUUGUAUUUAUACCGACCUGAUUAUUUAUUGAUAGAAACAAACAAACCAAAAUACUGAAUCAGCGCCGCCACCGCCGCCAUCAUUCAUUCCGGAGAAUAAAACUAUUUUCAUUGUAA